AUUUUCACUGUGGAAGACACGCACGCGACUGCGUGAUUUACAACUACUUGGGCAAUACAGUAUUUGUAAUUUUGUUAUAGGUGUAAACUGUGGAUUGCAUGACAUCACACGCCUAUUCAAAGACCACCUGAUGUUUAAAGGAGGGGAACCCACGACAGACAAAACGUUACAUCCCCCAAGAUUUCUCUAGUGUGUGAAGAUGGCGGUCCCAGCUCAAUCCAGCCGGACCGGGUCCGUUAGCAGUCUGGGAAACAGUCCAACGGCAACACCGGGCGGCUUGAACAACAACAACAACCACAAACCGUGGCGCUGUCAUGAGCUUGAUUUCAGGUCCGGAGUGAAGAUUGAGGAGCUCAACCAUCUUAUCCAUGAAUUCAGUAAACAAGACCAACGCGAGUAUGAUGACCAGAGGGCACUGGAAAUACACACAGCCAAGGAUUUCAUCUUCUCCAUGCUCGGCAUGGUGCAAAAGUUGGACCAAAAGUUGCCGGUCGCAAACGAGUAUCUAUUAUUGUCCGGUGGUGUGCGAGAAGGUGUGGUGGACAUGGAUCUUGAUGAGCUUGGUAUCUACAAUCGUGGCUCUGACUAUGACAUGGCCUUCACCCUGCUGGUUCCCGCGCUAAAGCUACACGACCGAAACCAACCUGUCACACUGGAUAUGCGUCAUUCAACGCUGGGUCACUCGUGGCUAAGCUUGCGGCUUUUUGACGAGGGUACCAUCAGCCGCUGGAGGGACUGCUGCACGCUGACUGACCAUCUGAAUGGCACCACCAACUACUUCUUUUCGCCCACACUGGUAGCUGAGUGGUUCCAAGAAGCAGUUGGAUUGGUACUGGCAGAGUUACAGCGCAAGCCGCAAAGGGGCACGCCGAGGGUGGAACGAGUUGAACGUCACAGCACGCUGCUGUCCAUGGUUUUAGGUGUGGGCAGCAGCCGCAUGCUUUAUGACAUUAUUCCUGUGGUGUCUUUCAAAGGCUGGCCAGCAGUUGCCCAGAGCUGGUUGAUGGAGAACCAUUUCUGGGACGGGAAGAUCACGGAGGAAGAGGUUAUCAGUGGCUUCUAUCUGCUGCCUGCCUCCUCAGUCUCCGGUUGCCGGGACAACGAGUGGCGUCUCUCCUUUGCCCGCAGUGAGGUGCAGCUAAAAAAAUGUAUCUCACCGGGACUCAUGCAAGCUUACCAGGCAUGCAAGGCCAUUAUCAUCAAGCUGCUUGCCCAACCUACAGCUGUUAGUCCAUAUUUUUUACGCAGCAUUAUGUUGUGGGCCUGUGACCGUCUACCUUCAACCUAUUUGUCACAAGAAGACUACGCUUCACACUUCAUGCUCGGUCUCAUCGACGACCUGCAGCACUGCUUGGUUAACAAAAACUGCCCUAACUAUUUCAUUCCCCAGUGUAACAUGUUAGAGCACCUAUGUGACGAGACAGCCAUGUUUCACGCUCGCAAGCUGGCGCUGGUACGGUCCGAUCCAGCUGAGCACCUGCGCUCCAUCAUUGAGCAGGCCAAGGCUGCCAAUAGACUUACACAGGAGAUGCAGCGUCGUGGAAGCUCCUCGGGUCUGCCUUCCCCACUGGCCGAUCCCUCGUCUGCAGAUCAACAACAGCCAGAUGACCGGUUGGCCAAGAAGUUACAACAGUUGGUGACAGAAAAUCCAGGCAAGUCUAUCUCUGUGUUCAUCAACCCUGAUGAUGUCACACGACCUCACUUCCGUAUUGAUGACAAGUUCUUUUAAGAAACCUAUUUUCACUUCUCUUCAGCUUUCCUUGUAUUGAUCAUGACUGAACUUGGGGAUGUGCAUGACACUGUCCUGAAACAAGAGCUGUGUCCCUGUGACUGCACACAUUAGGAGGUUCAUAUGUGAUACAUAAUGAAACAAAAAUAUAUUCGUCUGGCCUUACUGAAUGGAGAAUAACUGUUUGGAUAUCUGCAUGCGAACCUGCAGAUUUUCUAUAUUAAGUGAUUUUAAUGUGAAGACUCAGAACAGAGAAGAGAAGCGUAAAGUAGGUCUAACACAAUCCAAGAAAUGAAUUGCAGGUAAAGCAUUUGAAAAUAUAAGAUAUGUCCUGUAGUUGAUAUUGUACUGUAUUCUUAAAAAAACAAAUGUAAAAAUGUAGAAUCAGACAUUCAUUUUCUGGUUUUUAUCUGUGUUAAACCUACAAUUGUUUCUUUGUAUCAGCUUUUAGUGUGUCUGCCUUGUUAUUUAUUUAUAGGAAACAAGGACAGAAUAUGUCAGAGUAAGCCAAACCUAUUUCUCUCUAUAAGGGGUUAAAAUUAUAUUCCUUAAGUGCAAUUAAUAGAAAAUAAAUGUAUUCCCUAGUAGAGAUGCUCAACGUUAAGAAUGCUGAAUUCUCUAAAGGGUUUUUACAUGGUGUGAAAAGAACAGGAGAAACGUUUAGCCCAUAAACAUUUGCUGCUAUUAGAAAGCAUAUCCUUUUGAUAUCCUAAAACUGGCACACCUACAAAGACUGAUGGUGGUACUAACAUAAAAUACAGUAUUGGACAUUUGUCAUGUAAGUUGUACUGUAUUUCACAUACGUUUUGGCUUGACUGUGUUGUUCUACCAGUAAAGAAUUAUGCAUUA